GGGAGCGCGGCGCACGCCCCGGCCGGCCCCGCGAGCGGGGGAGCGAGGGCGCGAGCAGCCGGGAAGGCGGCGGGCGGCGGGGCCGGCGGGGCGGAGGCUCGGGCGCUUCAAAGCGAGCAAAGUUUGGCGGCUCGGGGGGCGGGGGGGGGGGCGGACUUUCCUUCCUGGAGGCGGCGCCCAGACGCCAGCCGCGGCCCGGUGCGCAGACCCAAACUUUCGGCUGCCGCCCGCGUCUCGGCCGGGCCUUCCCGAGCCGGGCCGCCCGCGCCCCCGCCGCCCUUGUCCGCGCCGGCCGCGGGAGCCGCUCGGGGCGCCGGGCCCCGCCGGCCGCCGCGCCCGCAAGUUGCCGGGACUUUGGGGCGAAGUUUACGCGCUCCCCCCCGCCGCCCCCGACGCCGAGCCCGGCCCCGCCGGGGGCGCCCCUCGCCGCCCGCGCGCCCGCCCAGCCAUGUCGUCCAUCCUGCCCUUCACCCCGCCGAUCGUGAAGCGCCUGCUGGGCUGGAAGAAGGGCGAGCAGAACGGGCAGGAGGAGAAAUGGUGCGAGAAGGCGGUCAAGAGUUUGGUCAAGAAGCUCAAGAAGACGGGACAGCUGGACGAGCUGGAGAAGGCCAUCACCACGCAGAACGUCAACACCAAGUGCAUCACCAUCCCCAGGUCCCUAGAUGGCCGGCUGCAGGUGUCCCACCGCAAGGGGCUGCCCCAUGUCAUCUACUGUCGCCUGUGGCGCUGGCCAGACCUGCACAGCCACCACGAGCUGCGGGCCGUGGAGCUGUGUGAGUUCGCCUUCAACAUGAAGAAGGACGAGGUGUGCGUGAACCCAUACCACUACCAGCGAGUGGAGACGCCAGUCCUGCCCCCCGUGCUGGUACCACGGCACACGGAGAUCCCAGCCGAGUUCCCGCCACUAGACGACUACAGCCAUUCCAUCCCCGAGAACACUAACUUCCCCGCCGGCAUCGAGCCCCAGAGCAAUAUUCCAGAAACCCCACCCCCUGGCUACCUGAGUGAAGAUGGUGAGACCAGUGACCACCAGAUGAACCACAGCAUGGAUGCAGGUUCUCCAAACCUGUCUCCGAAUCCGAUGUCCCCGGCGCACAAUAACCUGGACCUCCAGCCGGUCACCUACUGCGAGCCGGCCUUCUGGUGCUCCAUCUCCUACUACGAGCUGAACCAGCGCGUCGGAGAGACCUUCCACGCCUCGCAGCCCUCCAUGACCGUGGAUGGCUUCACAGAUCCCUCCAACUCCGAGCGCUUCUGCCUGGGACUCCUGUCCAAUGUCAACAGGAACGCAGCGGUGGAGCUGACCAGGAGGCACAUUGGGCGAGGCGUGCGGCUGUACUAUAUCGGCGGGGAGGUGUUCGCUGAGUGCCUCAGCGACAGUGCCAUCUUUGUCCAGUCUCCCAACUGCAACCAGCGCUAUGGCUGGCACCCGGCCACCGUCUGCAAGAUCCCACCAGGCUGCAACCUGAAGAUCUUCAACAACCAGGAGUUUGCCGCGCUGCUGGCACAGUCCGUCAACCAGGGCUUUGAGGCCGUGUACCAGCUGACUCGAAUGUGCACCAUCCGCAUGAGCUUCGUCAAAGGCUGGGGCGCCGAGUACAGGAGACAGACCGUGACCAGCACCCCCUGCUGGAUCGAGCUGCACCUGAAUGGGCCUCUGCAGUGGCUGGACAAGGUCCUCACCCAGAUGGGCUCCCCCAGCAUCCGCUGCUCCAGCGUAUCCUAGGGGUGCUGGGGGUGAGGGGAGGGCUGGCUUGGGCAUGUGGCCCCGGAAGAGGCCAAGAACGGAACUCCACGCUGUCACGGAAGAAACUGCCUCCCCUUAACCAGAGCAGCACCAUCCUGGUUUCCAAAAGGUUUCCAAAACACACAAGCCCGCCAGAGCAGUAUCUUACGAAUGGCGUUGUCCGCUGCACAUGUGGCGCUC